AUGAGGCACAGAGGCUACUUUGGCAAUGUUUCUUUGGCCUGGCAGCUAUUUGGCAAUAAUUCUGCUUUAGAUUCAGGACAAGAAUUCUAUGAAGUAUCUGGAACUGUAUGGUUCACAGAGGGUGAACAGUCACAGUCUAUAACUCUUCAUGCUAUUCCUGAUAAAAUUCCAGAAUUCAAUGAAUUUUAUACCUUAAAACUUGUGAAUGCUUCAGGUGGGAGUCCUGGUGGCCAGUUAUCAGAAACCAACCUUUCUGUGACUGUGAUGAUCCCAAUUAAUGAUGAUCCCUAUGGAGUGUUCAUCUUAGAUCCUCAGAGCCAAGACAGAGAGGUAGCAGAAGACAUUCAGUCUGAGGAUGACACUUCCUGCAUUACCAGUUUUACAGUAUGGAGGCAUCAGGGAACUUUUGGAACUGUCAGGAUUGGCUGGGAAAUAUUAUCUAGCAACUUCAGAGAAGGAUUACCUCCAAUGAUUGACCUCUUGUUGCUUGGAAAAUUUACAGAUUCAGUAAAGUCAAAGCCUCACAUGCGACGGCAUCACACUGGAACAGAUGCUUUAUAUUUUAGUGGUGAAGAAGAUUCAUAUGGGAUAAUUGAGGCAGAGGUCCAUGUUAGUAAAAACAGUAUAAUUAGUGUCUUCACAUUUUCAGCAUGGGUACUUCCUAGUGCCAACAACGAUGGAUUUAUAAUAACAAAGGACAAUAGUAAUGGAUUACUAUAUUAUGGAGUAAAAAUAGGCACAAACGAAUCCCAUCUUUCUAUAGAAUUCUAUUACAUGCCAUUGCAGUCUAAUAAGACAUAUAUAGCUAAAAUCACAAUUAUGAAAUACUUGGAGGAAAAUAUUUGGGUUCACCUUCUGAUUAUGCUCAAUAAUGGCACUCUUGAGUUUUUCAUUGAUGGCAAACCUGUUCCUGGGGGCAUUAAGAAGCUCAAAGGAAAAGCAAUUGCUGAUGGACCAGGAAUAAUGAAAGUUGGUGCUGGCAUAAAUGGUGGCGGCAGGUAUAAAGGAUUGAUGCAAGAUGUGAGAUUUUAUGAAUGUAAAUUAACAAAGGAAGAGAUCAAUGAACUUCACGCUAUGCCGGCAAGGUCUGAUUUGUAUCCCAUCUCUGGAUACUUAGAAUAUCGACAAGGAGAAAGGAAUAAAUCAUUCAUUGUUUCUGCCAAAGAUGACAAAGAAGAGGAGGGAGAGGAGCUGUUCAUUCUAAAGCUUAUUUCAGUUUAUGGAGGAGCACGAAUUUCACAAGAAAACACAAUUGCAACAUUAAGAAUCCAGAAAAGUGAUAAUGCCAAUGGAUUAUUUGGUUUCACAGGAGCAUGUAUUCCAGAGGUCUCUAAUGAAGGUUCUACUGUAUCUUGUGUAGUGGAACGCACCAGAGGGGCCUUGGAUUCUGUUUUUGUGUAUUACGCUAUCUCUCAGAUUGAUUCUUAUGGUGUUAAUUAUACUGUUACUGACUUUGCUAACAGUAGUGGAAUGGUAAAAUUCCUUCCUUUCCAGAGGUCAGAGGUUCUGAAUUUGCAUGUACUUGAUGAUGAUAUACCUGAACUAAAAGAAUAUUUUCAGGUGACAUUAAUAUCUGCAGUUACCGGAGAUGGAAAAACAGGUUCAACCCCAACCAGUGGAGCUAGCAUAGAUCCAGAGAAGGAAACUACUUACAUCACUGUCAAAGCUAGUGACUACCCCUAUGGUUUGUUGCAGUUCUCUGUUGGGCAGCCUUCUUCAGACACCGAUGAAAUCAUUAUUUCAGCCACGACAACACCCCACAUUACUGUCAAGGAAGAAAUAGGGCAAGUCAGCUUGCUUGUUGUUCGAGCACAAGGCUUACUUGGGACAAUUAUGGCACAAUACAGAACAGUUGCACUAACAGCAUUCAGCCCUCAAGAUUAUCAGGGAAUUACAGGGACCUUGGAAUUUCUGCCAGGAGAAAGAUACAAGCACAUUCUUGUCAACAUUACAGAUAAUUCUAUCCCUGAGCUAGAAAAGGCUUUCAAAGUAGAAUUGCUGAAUCCAGAUGGGGCAGUUUCUGAAUUCUUUAAUGGUGGCAGUGGUAGUGGUGAUGGUGAUUUCUACCUCCUUCCUCCUGUCCAUCAAUAUGGCAAUCUGGGAAUAGCAUCUCAUAUCGUAGUGACUAUUGAAGCCUCUGAUGAUGCACAUGGAGUCUUUGAGUUCGGUGCUGAAUCCCUCUCUCUCAGUGGAAUGGAACCUGAAAAUGGAAUAGGAAUCAUCACAUUUGAGGUUAUUAGACAUCAUGGUGCAUUGUCUCGGGUGAUGCUAUAUUGGUUCAUAGUGCCAAAUGAUACUGAAGAUGUGACUGCAACAAGUGGCAACAUAACAUUCCACAUAGAGCAAAGGAAAGCAAAUUUAACUGUAAAUAUUUUGCCUGAUGAAAUUCCAGAACUAGACAAGACAUUUUCAGUUUAUAUCAUUAAUGUUACACAUGGGCGGCUUGGAGUUCACACAAAUGCUACAUUGACUAUUCUUGCAAAUGAUGACCCAUAUGGAUUGUUGAUUUUCUCUGAAAAAAAUAGGCCAAUUAACGUUGAGGAAGAAACCAAGAAUGUCACCCUAACAAUAGUAAGGUUGAAAGGUCACUUGGGAGUAGUCAAGGUUACAUAUAGAACCAUGUGUGAUGAAAAUGACUCACUCUAUCUGCCACCAAAUAUUGCAAGGGCAACAUUGGGAGAAGAUUAUCUGCCCAUUUCAGGAUUUGUAAUCCUUCCAGCCAAUGAAAAUGAAGCUACACUACACCUCCCUAUUCUGGAUGAUGAUGAACCAGAGCAAUCAGAAUCUGUAUUUGUUGAGCUUCUUGGUGCUACUUUGAUAGGAGAAGUCAAUCAUCAGCCAAUUUCAGAUUCUCCUCGCCUUGGAUCUACUACUGAUACAAUUGCUCAUAUAAUUAUCAAUGCCAAUGAUGAUGCUUUUGGAACAUUACAGCUUUCUGCACCAGCUGUCCAAGUACCUGAAAAUUAUAUUGGACCAAUAAUCAAUGUUACAAGAACCGGAGGAAUCUUUGCAGAUGUCUCUGUGAAAUUUAGAGCAGUGCCAAUUACAGCAACUGCUGGUGAAGACUACAGCGUAGCUUCCUCAGAUGUUGUCUUACUAGAAGGAGAGACCAGCAAAGCCGUGCCAAUUUAUAUAAUUAAUGAUAUUAACCCUGAAAGGGAGGAGUCCUUCCUUGUGCAGCUGCUCAAUCAGACAACAGGCGGAGCACAACUCGGGAGUCUAAUUCAGGCAGUGAUAACUAUUGAGGCUUCGGACAAUCCAUUUGGAUCUUUUGUUUUCCAGACCACUAAUAUAGUUGUCAAAGAACCAGAAGCCAAUACAGUGCUGAUAGAUCUGCCAGUUAUUCGCAACGCUGGAACACUUGGCAAUGUAACUGUUGAAUGGAUUGCUACCAUUGAUGGGCAAUUUGCUGCCAGUGAUUUGAAAGUCUUCUUAGGCAACAUUCAAUUUUCCCCUGGGGAAACCAUAAAGAACUUGAUAUUAGAGAUUCUGAAUGAUGAUGUUCCAGAAAUUGAAGAGAUUAUCAGAGUGGAAUUAACCCAGGCUUCCAAUGGAGGUACUAUUGGACUAGACAGAGUGGCAAAUGUUGUGAUUCCUGCCAAUGAUAAGCCAUAUGGAACAGUAUCCUUUCAACAAAACGUAUAUCGUAUUCAAGAGCCAUUGGAGAGAAGUUCAACUGCAAACAUAACAGUAAAGAGGAGUGGUGGAAGAUUUGGUCAGCUGAAGAUAUUUUAUAGCACUUCAGACAUUGAUUUCAUAACUCUUGUACAAGAGGAAGGGCUGGAUGUAUUAUGCUAUUAUGAAAAACCUAUACAAGGAAUUCCAGAUGAGAGUCAUGUGACCAGAGUGGAUCUUUCACCAGCCAAUGAUUCUCUCUACACUUGUGCUAUUCUUUGUUUGAAAGAACAGGCCUGCUCAGCUUUUUAUUUCUCUGGUACUUCUGAAAUUCCAUCAUGUUUCUGGGUGGGAUCUUGGAGUAGCUCAAUAACCAACAAGUCCGGAUUCUGGAUAUACAAGAAAAAUCUUACUACUUUAACUGCUAUUUUCAGUACACAAGCAAUUGCUAAUAAUGACUAUGAGCCUGUAACCAGUCAGUGGGUGAUCAUGGAAGAAGGAGAAGAAUUUGCAAACCUCACAGUCUCCAUAUUACCUGAUGGUUUUCCAGAACUGGAUGAGAAGUUUGCCAUUUCUUUGUUACAAAUUGGGCUGAUGAAUGUCAUUGCCAGCAUUGAAAAUCAACCAGUCGUAGGGCAACCAAACACCGCUACGGUUCUCAUACUAAUGAAUGGGGAUGCUUUUGGUGUGUUUGUAAUUUAUAGCACUAGUCCCCAUACAACUGAGAAUGGUCUUUAUGUGGAAGUACAAGAACAGCCUCAGAAUACAGUGCAGUUGAUGAUACAUAGAACAGAAGGUAGUCUGGGGCAGGUGAUGGUGGAAUGGAGCAUUAGUGGUGGCACGGCUACCCCAAAUCUGGAUUUUAUAGGUGAUGGAGAAGUCCUGAUUUUUGCAGAAGGUGAGACAAAAAAGCCCAUCACUUUGACUAUUCUAGACGACACUGAGCCCGAAGAUGAUGAAAGCAUUCACAUCACUUUGACCCACACUGAAGGUGGUAGCCGUAUUUUACCCACUUCAGAUACUGUCACAGUGGUGAUUUUAGCCAAUGACAACGUAGCAGGAAUUCUUAGUUUUCAAACAUCCUCAAGAUCUGUAAUUGCUCAUGAAGGAGAGCUAUUACAAUUUCAUGUGCUAAGGACUGCACCAGGAGCUGGCAAUGUAACUGUUGACUGGAAAAUUGUUGGCCAUAAUCUGGAACAAAACUUUGAAAAUAUUUCUGGCACGCUUUAUUUUUUAGAGGGGUCAUUAAAUGCAACAAUUUAUUUAUACCUGCUGGAUGAUAAGAUCCCUGAAGAAAAGAAAGAAUAUCACAUAAUUCUGCAUAAUAUUAAAACUCAAGGUAUCACUUCAACUGGCAGUGCUAUUUUGGACCAUCAAGGAUAUGAAGCAGCUUUGACAGUAGAGGCUAGUGAUGAACCAUAUGGCAUUCUGAAUUUUGCAUCUUCCUCCAGAACUGUAUUAAUCCAAGAGGAAAAUAAGACAAUUCAACUUUUCAUCAACAGAGAAUUUGGAUCUUUAGGUGUUGUCAAUGUAACCUACACAACAAUUUCAGAAUUUCUUGGUUUAAAGAAUCUGACAGAAGGGGCAUAUGCUGAACCAGGAGUUGAUUAUAUACCUAUAUCAGGAUCAGUUGUUUUGAAAGAAGGUGUAACAACAGCCACCAUAAAUAUUACUAUUCUAGAGGAUGAUAUUCCAGAAAUGCAAGAAUAUUUUUUUAUUAAUCUAACAUCUGUGAAACUAGUCACACAUCCUUUGACAUCUUUUCCUCCCAGACUUGACAUGGAUGGUUUAACAGCACAGAUAAUUAUUGAUGCUAAUGAUGGAGCAAGAGGAGUAAUAAGUUGGCAAACUACAAGGUUUGAAAUAAGUGAACUGAAUGUAAACUUAACAUUAGUGAUAUUCCGGGACCGAGGAUUGUAUGGUAAUGUGUCCUUAUUCUUGUAUGCUCAGAAUCUGGAAGCAUAUCAGGGACUGGACUUUAAUCUUUCUUCAAGGACUCUUUAUUUUGCUGAUGGAGAAAGAUAUAAAUAUAUUGAUGUUCAAAUUUUUGAUGAUGAGAUCCCUGAAAGAGAUGAGAGAUUCCAACUAAUUUUAACAAAUCCAUCCCUUGGAUUAGAAUUGGGAGAAAACACAACAGCAACAAUUACUAUUCUGGCCAGUGAUGACGGUCAUGGAGUUUUGUCCUUCAACAAUAGUGAACAUUUUUUCCUAAGGGAACAGACAGCACUCCAUUUAAUGGAAAGUGUUGCGAUAUUGAAUAUUAUCAGAGAACCACCUCAAGGAAUAUUUGGAACAGUGACUGUCCAAUACAUAGUGCGAGAGAUAAAUUAUUCUGAAGCAUCAGUAGAUUUGACUCCAUCACAGGGCUAUAUUGUUCUAGAAGAAGGAAUAAGAAUCAAGAAUCUGCAUAUUAGUGCCAUCCUGGAUACUGAACCAGAAAUGGACGAACAUUUCAUUGUUACACUGUUCAAUCCAACUGGUGGAGCCAGAUUAGGUGCAAGAACAGAAACAUUGAUCACAGUGUUGCAAAAUCAAGCCCCUUUGGGACUUUUCAGUAUCUUUCCAGUUACAGAGAGGACAAAUUCUAUUAUAGCUGAGGAAGCAAACACUACAGUCUACUUGAAAAUAUCUCGGAGCAAUGGACUCAAUACAUCAGUGAGUGUGGAAUGGGAAACGCGACCUGAUUCUGCAUUUGGGAUAAAGGGUGGGUUAAGUGUACUGGCCAUUUUACAAAGUUUUGAGGAAGAAUCAAUAUCUAGCUGGUGUUUUUUUAUGGAAGGAGACUUUUUAUAUGGUUUAUUGUUGAGAACAAAUCCAGCUGUAAAGUCUUCAAUAUAUCAAUGGCGGGGAGUUUUUGUUCCUGUUGAGGAAUUCAGUAUUGAGAACCCUCAUCAUUGUACUGCAUUUCAAAUCAAUGACUCUUCCUACUUAGUAAUUACUCAUGGUGGAAUAAAAGAAAAUAGACCUUCUAACAACACGGUGUUCUUGUUUACCUCUCGAUUUCAGCUGCUAGAGGUACAGUCUAUAUUGGUGCCAGCCACCAGUGAUAUAAAAUAUUUCAGUUUGAAUCAAAGCCAUUAUUUGAUUAUUGCAAGUUGUAGACCAGAAUCUAAGUCUACCCAGAUUUUCCAGUGGAAUAAUGGCAUCUUUAUAUUCCGUAAUCAACUCUUUGUGAAUGGAGUUUUGAGUCUGGAUCUUUUCUCCAGGGGAAGUACAACAUAUCUAGUCAUUGUCCCUUGUGAAUCCAUGCAUACACCUCUUUUAUUCAAGUGGUCAGAAAAUGAUUUUAUAAGGUUUCAAGAAGUGCCAAUCAAUGGAAUAACACAAGUCAAAGCUGUCAUUUCUGGAUCUGACAUCUACCUAAUUUUUGCAAACGAGCUCAACAGUACAUGUGAAUUUUUUAUCUGGGAGGCAGGGCAAUUUUCCUUCAGAUAUUUUCAGUCCAUUUCCAUCAGAGCAGUAAAUGCAAUCCAUACUUCUUUCCCACCUUCAGGUUUAGUGCAGGUGUUGUUUGCCAGCAAAGAUAAAUCAGCUCUGUAUUCCUGGAACUCAGAAAUGAAUCAGUUUUCUCAGUUGCUAGAUGCUCCUUCUGCCAAUCAUAUUUCCAGUAUCAAUGUAAAGUCUCUUAAUUCACACAAAAGUCUCAUUGUUGUGACUGGAGAUUCCUAUUCCUAUGUUUACGAGCUAACUGCAAUUUCAAAUCAGUCAGAUUUUAUACCUAGUUCAGGUGAACUGAUAUUUGAACCAGGAGAUAAAGAAAUUGUGAUAGCAAUCAAUAUUUUUGAUGACAUAGUCCCAGAGGAAGAAGAAUCUUUUGGAGCAUGGCUGAAAAAUCCAAAGGGUGGUGCAGAAAUAGGUCCUAAUGGUUAUGUGACCAUAGUGAUACCCUCUAAUGAUGAUGCUCAUGGAGUUGUUGCAUUUGCCCAGAAUUCUUUAUUUAAACAAGCCGAAGAAAUGGAACAGGACACCUUGAUCACCUUGAACAUUGAGCGCUUAAUAAGUACAUUUGGACAUGUUAUAGUACACUGGGAAGCUAGCGGGAGUAUUAAUGACAUAUUUCCAACUUCGGGGGUGGUGGCAUUUUCAGAGGGUCAGGCUUUGUCAACAGUAACAUUAACAGUCCUUGCAGAUGUUUUUCCUGAAGCUACAGAGACACUGAUUAUAACUCUCACUCAUAUUAGCACAGUGGGCAUUCAAGACCCCCAGAGAGGAGCCAUAAUUGAUAAAAAUCGAGCAAAAGCUAUACUUACUAUUCUGCCCAAUGAUAUUCCCCUAGGUGUGGUGGGAUGGCACACAAAUUCUCUCUUUAACAAAGUAGCAGAGCCUGAAGGGAGAUCAACUACUAUUACUUUACAUAUUUUCAGAGAACAACCACUUGUUGGUGAUAUUAGUAUACACGUAAUAUCCCACCCUAUCUUUUCACUCCCUCUUGUUAAUCAAGCCAUUGAAAAUGAAGAUUAUAGAUUGGAAAACAAGACCAUUAUUAUGACAGAGAAUAUAACAUUAGUUUCAGUUAACAUAACCAUUUUACCAGAUAAUAUUCCAGAACUACAAGAGGGUUUUUUAAUCAAUAUUAGUAGUGUGCAAUUACUGAACUCUUCUCUUACUAGAGGGCAACAGAGCAUGAAGAAACUUGGUUUAGAAAUAGCUGAGAUUUUAAUUGAAGAAAAUGAUAACCCCAGAGGAAUAUUUCAGUUCAAUAUUAGCAAGGAUAUGAACAGGACAGUGGCUGCUUAUGAAGUACCACCACCAGAUAAUAUUCUAAAGUUGCCCAUUGUUCGGAAGGCAGGAACAUUUGGAUCAAUAAAACUGGAUUGGGAAGCCACACCUGCCUCUGCUAGUCUGAAAGACUUUUCACCAUCAUUUGGAAAUCUUAUAUUUGCUGAUGGACAAGUUGCAGGAGUGAUAGAGAUCACUAUCAUAGAUGAUGAUGAGGUUGAAUUUUUGGAAAUGUUCACUGUUACCUUACUUAGAGUGACAGGUGAUGCAAGAUUAGGUGAUGAUGUACAGGUGAUGGUUACUAUUGCACCAAAUGAUUCACCUGCUGGAGUGUUCAGUUUUGAAGAAAAGCAUGUAACAGUGAAAGAACCUCAGUCAAUACAUGAUCCCACAGCAAAUGUCUUUCUCACUGUAAGUCGAAGUUCAGGAGGCCAAGGAGAAGUCCAGAUUCUUUGGAAACUUGAGGAGGCAGCUAGAUAUGAUCUCACUCCUCUCAGUGGUACUCUUUUCUUUUCUGAGAUGGAAUCUCAGAAAACCAUAAUUUUGCAGGCAAUUCAAGAUGAUGUUUUGGAAGGUGAUGAACAUUAUUCAAUUCAUCUGGUGUCUACUGAUAACACAGAAAUAUCACCUGUAAAUGUAGUGGAUCAAGAAAAUGCAGUGGAUAUAGUAUUCUUAAACUUCAGUAAGAUAUUUGAUAAAGUAGAUCACAGACUGUUGCUUG